AAAAUCGUUUGACGCGCAUCGGAGCUUUGGUGUCACGGCCAACAUCACUUGUUUGGGGCUUUAUGGACAGAAUGUCGUAUUUAGUUCUAUAAGGUGAAGUUAAAUUACCAGACGAGAGAACUAUAGGAAAACUACACUGCGAUAUAUGUGUAGCAGAGUAACUUACUGCGCAACAACCUCAGACGAAACGAAAGUGAAAGUAUUUCAGGCCAGCAGCGGACACGGAAGCAAAAUGGAUCGAAAACAGACUUAGAUAACUGUUAAUAGUGGAUAUGGACACACAAGAUUCAGAGGAGGAUGUUGGGAAGAUGGAAUGUGAACAGCUGAGACCAGAUAUGGCAACAUCUCCAGCCCCUUCUUGCACAUCUCUACAAAGUGAUCAUUCAAUGGAUAGACCAGUAAAGUUCAAAGAACGAACUCAAGAUAUAAGGCUGAGACGAGAUAAAUCAACAUCUCCAGCGCCUUCAUGCACAUCUCUACAAAGUGAUCAUUCAAUGGAUCGACCAGUUAAGUUCCAAGAACGAACUCAAGAUAUCAGGCUGAGACGAGAUAAAUCAACAUCUCCAGCCCCUUCUUGCACAUCUCUAAAAAGUGAUCAUUCAAUGGAUCGACCAGUUAAGUUCCAAGAACGAACUCAAGAUAUAAGGCUAAGACCAGAUAUGGCAACAUCUCCAGCCCCUUCCUGCACAUCUCUACAAAGUGAUCAGUCAAUGGAUCGACCAGUUAAGUUCCAAGAAAGAACACAAGAUAUAAGGCUGAGACGAGAUAAAUCAACAUCUCCAGCGCUUUCAUGCACAUCUCUACAAAGUGAUCAUUCAAUGGAUCGACCAGUAAAGUUCCAAGAAAGAACACAAGAAAUAAGGCUAAGACCAGAUAUGGCAACAUCUCCAGCCCCUUCUUGCACAUCUUUACAAAGUGAUCAUUCAAUGGAUCGACCAGUAAAGUUCAAAGAACGAACUCAAGAUAUAAGGCUGAGACGAGAUAAAUCAACAUCUCCAGCGCCUUCAUGCACAUCUCUACAAAGUGAUCAUUCAAUGGAUCAACCAGUAAAGUUCCAAGAAAGAACACAAGAAAUAAGGCUGAGACGAGAUAAAUCAACAUCUCCAGCCCCUUCCUGCACAUCUCUACAAAGUGAUCAUUCAAUGGAUCGACCAGUAAAGUUCCAAGAAAGAACACAAGAUAUAAGGCUAAGACCAGAUAUGGCAACAUCUCCAGCCCCUUCCUGCACAUCUCUACAAAGUGAUCAUUCAAUGGAUCGACCAGUUAAGUUCCAAGAAAGAACACAAGAUAUAAGGUGA